AUGCUCCGUGGUAUCUGGACCCUUAUCACACCGCUGUGUCCACGCAGAGCUGCCCCUUGGAGCCUUGACGGUUUCACCGUCAUGCUGAGGUGCUGUCGGGUGAAGCUGGUGUCAUGGACGUCGCUGCUGCUGUUUGUUGCCGCUCACCUGUGGUCAGCUAAAGCUUGUCCUCAGCGCUGCAACUGCCUAGAACUUCAGGUGCUGUGCCAAGAGGCCGGCUACCGGGAGCUGCCGGCGCCCGUGCCCCGCGCGGCCGUGGCGCUGCUGCUGACCAGCAACCAGCUUGAGCGACUCGCUACGGACAGCUUCCGCGGCCUGGUACGGCUGCGCAAGCUCAUCCUGGACAACAACCGCAUCCAGGCGCUGGCGCCGUUCACUUUCCGAGGGCUCGCCGGACUGGACGAGCUCAGCCUACAGAACAACCCGCUUACAGUGCUCUCGCAACAGUCGCUGUCCGGCCUGAGCCGGGUUCGCAUGCUGCAGCUGGGUUUCAACCGCAUCGCCCGCGUGGAGCCGUUCGCGUUCGCCGGAAGCAGCGACCUGGGCAGCAUCUCGCUCGAGGGAAACCCGCUCGAACUGCUGCGCUCGCGCGCAUUCGCCAACCUCAGCCGGGUCGGAUCCAUCAGGCUGCCCCGGAGUCUCGCCGCCAUGGAGCCGGAUGCCUUCGCGGGUCUUCGGAACGUGAGCCUGGUGUCCAUCGAGGCCCCUCGCCUGAAGCGUCUUCCUCAGUUCGCCUUCCGGGGUCUUGAGCACGCGGGCGAGCUGCUCAUCCGGGACGCCGAGAUCGGCCUCAUCGACUCUGGCGCUUUCGCCGGCCUCAGCCAUGCUCGCCGGGUCACGCUCGAGGGCUGCACCGUGGAGGCGGUGCGCGCGGCCGCGUUCGCUGGCAUGCGAGCCGUCGGUCAGCUCAGGAUCGGCGGCAACCGCCUCGGAAGCGUACUGCCCGGAGCCCUGGACGCGCUCGACCAGGCGUCCGUGAGUCACGUGCUGCUUUCGGGCAACUGGCUUCCCUGCGACUGUCGACUCCGCUGGGCUCCCGAGUCCCUGCGGAGGCGAGGCUUCUGCUCGUCGCCCGCGCACUUGCUCAACGCAUCGGCUGCCCAGGUGUCGCUGGACACUCUGCCGCGCUGCCUGCCCGAGCACUUCGUGCCGCACACGAGGCCCGACGCCCCUCCGCUCUCGGGCCGUCAGCAGACCAGCGGCGCCGCGGCGCAAAGUAUCCUCGCUGCAAACAUAUCCGCCGUGCUGCUGCUACUGCUUGCUGGCGGAUCGUGGUUGCAGCGCCUUGUCUUCUCAACGUCGUGCCUCCCGGAGUGUUAUCUCUGACAGCCUGCGUCGUAAUUCUUUUUCCGCGCGUACACACGCAAAGUGCACUCUUCCUGUCGAGUCACCCGUCGGCACUUCUUUGCUGGUCGGAGUUGUGCUCAUAUAGCGUGCGAGUGGUCACACCAAGGAACUCCUCGUGAAAUUUCAGGAAUCUAAAUAUCUGCAUUGGCUUGCCGAAUGACGCUUGUGCCCCAGGUUCGAUAUCUUCUAUUUUAUUUUUCGUAUAAGCGCUCAGAGUAACCUUGGGACGCUGGAAUUCCGUUUUACUGGUCUUGUGUCAUUUUUAGAGAACGCUUUGACAUAAUAGUGACAUAAUAGCAUGUUCGUAACCUUAUUUAUGACACCUUAAUAUUAUUCUGCGUAUGGAGACUCGAAGCUUAUGCCGGUAUAAUGUAACCAUUCUGGUUAUCUUUAUUUAGCACUCCGUCAAGGCGACAUCUCUCCAUCAUAAAAUGACAUAUGGUGGUAAACGACGGAUGACAAAAGGCAUAUUGUGCGAUAUUUUGCCUCUGUCUCGCUCUCUUUUCUUUCUUUGUCUCUCUCUUUCUUUCCUGGGUUCCCUUUGUCAAAGUACCGAAAUUGGUAGUAGCUUCUUGAGGCGUGGAAACGGAACCAAGCGCGCUGCUUCAAAAGCGGCACGUUUCACGUGCCUCCGUGGUGAAAAUUUUUUGCUCAACCGCUCAGAUAAUAUUGUAUAACGAUUUCGCGUUGCGUAGUGUAAAGUCAUCUCGCAAGUAUUAGUGUACCCGACCGUGCGUGUUGUACAGAAAACACUAUGACCAAUGUGACACACUGGUCUUUAUGGAUGCGUUCUGACGACCGAAGUCGCUUCAUACGUCUCACCAGCAAGCAUGCACACCUUUAUUGGCAUCUAUGGAGCCUGUACUCUACAUAUGCGCAUGCGUGUCAAACUCAGACGACGUCUAGGUUGUAACAUGCAGGAGGUGUGAGCACCAGGCAGGUCAACACUAAGAAAAGGAGAUUGACAACCACCAGCACGAAGUCACGCGGAAAUCCACGCGGAUUUUUGUGAAAGAAAGCUUCUUAGUCGCCGAAAAAUGCGUCCUGGUCCGGGGAUCGAACCCGGGACCAACGUCUUUCCUGGCAGGUCGCUCUACCAAUCGAGCUAACCAAGAAGCUAGCAGUUGGCAGUGCGGGGGCGGAUUCGUCGACAUCUCGAAGCACAUGGACGCAUAUUAUUGCAAACCAGUGCUACAAACGGGUGGUUGUCAAUUUCCCUUUCUUAACCGUUCCGCCACCUUGCGGGAUUCUGCAGAACUGAUUUGCAACAGGUCAACGCUGUGCAACAAGUGUCACUUGGACUCAUCCCAUCGCCCCGGUGCUGUGGACUCUCCAGAUGGCCCUGACGAGUGACGAAGCACUAUAUUUUGUUUUCGAGCAGUUCAAGAAUAUAGACGAUGUUGACGUUUG